AGAUGGAGUUGUUGAUUUUAUACAAACUUAAUAUUCUAACUAUGUUAACAUGGGGUUUCGGCGAAAUGUCAAAAUCAAAAAACAAUACAAUCUUUAACUGUACAAAUUCGUGCAUAUUCAACAACAUUUCAUGGAAACAACCAAUUGACAAAUCUGGUUUCCUUUUACUAGGUAUCGCUUUAGUAUUGGCACUCAUUAUAAUACUCAUCAAAGCCUUGCAUACCGCAUCUACAAGAAAUACCAUCAUCAUGUUUAUGACGUUGAUUAUGAUGGUCAUCGGUGUCGGAUUAUUGACUGCCUUUGAGAUUUGGUAUGAGCAGAUCGUCGCUUCAAUUGUGCCAGUCUUGACCCUAAUAAGUGCCAUUCUUUUGGGUUUAGUAAAGAAAGGUUUUCCCAUCAAAUGGAGGAUAAUUUUAUUUACAAUUUGCUUCGUACUGAUAAUAGCUGGAAUCGUCUUCAUCAUUUUGGGCAUAAUUUGCAAGAUUGGGGAAACCUAUAAGAUUGUGCUUCCAAUUCUGUCAGCGAUCUGUUGGUGCGGUGCAAUGUUUAUUG